AUGACUCGCGACAACCUUGAGAUUGUGCUCGCUGAGCGUCCUACCACAGACAUCAUCCCAGGCCGCACCUUUACUCAGAAAAUCGGCAAAGCGCCCACACCCGCUGAUCUCCAAGAUGGCCAAAUCCUCGUUGAGACUCUCUACUUGUCUCUAGACCCCGCCAUGCGAGGCUGGCUCCGAGAUAUGCGAUCUUACCUCCCUCCUGUUCAGAUUGGUGAGACCAUGCGUGGAUCAUGCGCAUGCCGCGUCCUCGCCUCCAAGAGCAAGCUCGCCAAGGAGGGCGAUAUCGUCGCUGCUACCCCCGGCUGGACCGAGUUCGCCAUCGUUCCCGAGGGCCGUUUUGAGCCUGCCUCUUACUACCCUGGUGUCCAGGACCCCAAGGACAUGCUCUCUGCCCUCGGCAUGACCAGUCUCACUGCUUGGGUUGGCAUGUCCAAGAUUGCUGAUCCCCAGCCUGGCGAGCUUGUCGUUGUUUCUGGCGCUGCUGGUGCCACAGGCAGUGUUGCUGGCCAAAUUGCGAAGCUCAAGGGUGCCACCGUCGUCGGUAUCGCUGGUGGCGAGGAUAAGUGCAAGUGGCUCACUGAGGAGCUCGGCUUCGAUGUCGCGCUCAACUACAAGGCCGAUGACUUUAAGGAGAAGUUCAACGAGGCGACAAAGAACUACAUUGAUGUCUACUACGACAACGUCGGUGGCGACAUUCUCGACAUGUGUCUCAUGCGAGCAAAGGAGCACGCACGCUUCAUCGAGUGCGGUCUCGUCAGCCAGUACAACGCCGCCAAGCCUCAGGGACCCCGAGCUUUCUCCCAGAUCGUCACCAUGCGCAUCAAGAUGCAGGGCUUCAUUGUGCUCGACCACGUCAAGGACUUUGCCACCGCUCGUGCUGAGCUGGCCAAGUGGAUGGCUGAGGGCAAGCUCAAGAAGACUGAGACUGUUGUCCGUGGCGGUCUCAAGGUUGCUGAGCAGGCUCUCGUUGACUUGUACAAGGGUAUCAACACAGGCAAGCUGAUUGUCGAGAUCAAGAACCACAACGACACACCUUCCAAGUUGUAA